GUAUAAUUAUUGAUUGUAUUUAAACAACAACAUUUGAGGUCGUAGUGGUAUUGUCAUCAUCUUCAUCAGUUAUUAGCAUCUUCAACCCGUCUUUUGAAGUGGCUCUUGAAAUGGCAACAUAGAGCUGACCAUCCAAAAACAAAGGACUUGGCAAAUAAACUCCAACAUUUUUAAGUGAUUGCCAUUGGCUCUUAUUAAUAGUCAUUGCAAAUGAGACAACCAAAGGAAAUUUUCUUCGUUGAAACUUGAAAGGAAUUUUAACGUCAGACGGUGAAAGAGAUAACCUGGGUAUGAAAACUUUCUCACCAAUAUUACUUGUUGUGUUGUUCGGAUCAGUUGGUUGUGGUUUUGUGUAGAAUUGAUAUGGCUAGAUCCAGUAGGAAUGAUGCGGCGAUCGCGGAUGCUUUGACUGUGAUGACACAUGUUUUGGCGCAGGCCAAUGAGUAGGUGGUGCAGGGUUAACAACACUAGGGAGGAGUGGAAGAGUUGAGGUUGGACAGUUUCAUGAGAAACCAUCCUCCGAUGUUUAUGGUACAAUAUGAUCCUGAGGGAGCGCAAACUUGGUUGUAGGGCAUUGAGCGUAUCUUUAGAGCUAUGGUGACUACUGACAACCAGAAGGUGAGGUUAGCCACGCACAUGCUGGAAGAGGAAGCUAAGUUUUGGUGGAUGAAUUCUAAGGGGAGAAUGGAAGCUGGUGUUGUUGUUGUGUCUUGGGAAAAGUUUAAGGAGGAGUUCUUGAAGAAGUAUUUUCCAGCUGACAUAAAGAGCAAGAAGGAAGUAGAGUUCUUACAUCUUAAGCAUGGGAGUAUGUCUGUUGCGAAGUAUGCGGCGAAAUUUGAGGAGUUGUCUCGAUUUUGUCCAUACAUCAAUGCGAAAGAUGCAGAGGAAUCAAAGUGCAUUAAGUGUGAGAGAGGUCUAUGCCUGAAGAUUUAUCAAUAUGUUGGCUUUCACGAGAUUCGAGACUUUGAUACCUUGGUGAACAACUGUCGGAUCUUUGAUGAGGCGGGUAAGACAAAGGCAAGUUUCUACAAGAUGGUGAAUGAUCGGAAAGGAAAAGGGCAUGAUUGUGGCAAACCAUAUUGUAAGGACAAUGGAACGAAGAAGGAUUUUUCUGGUGGUUCUAAGCCAAGUGGGGGAGACUUGAAGUACUUCAGAUGUGGAGGAUCAGGACAUUAUGCUAAUGAUUGCAAGAAUCCUACAGUAAACUGUUAUAAGUGUGGAAAGACCGGACAUCAUGCUUAUGAAUGCAAAAGCAAGGAGAUUGUGUGCUACAAAUGUUAAGAUGUUGGACAUAUUAGUACCAAGUGUACCAAUCCCAAGAAGGAUAAGGCGGGAGGUAAAGUCUUUGCAUCGAAUGUCGAGGAGGCACCGGAGUCGGACAACCUGAUUAGAGGUUUUUGCUUUAUUAACAGUACUCCUUUGACUGUAAUUAUUGAUAUGGGUGAGACACAUUUUUUUAUUUCUCUUGGUUGCACAGAACGUUUGAAUCUUGUUAUGUCUCCUAUGUCAAGAGGAAUGGUAAUUGAUACCCCGGUCAAUGACUCGGUGAUCACUUCCUUAGUGUGUGUUAAGUGUUAAUUUUGGUAUUGUGGAUUUUGAAUUGGAUUUAGUUUACUUAUCUUUGGAGCAUAUGGAUGUGAUUUUUGGAAUGGAUUAGAUGUUAUCUUUUGGGGGUUAAUAUUAAUUGUUUAACCAAAACCGUGACAUCUUUUAAGCGGGUGGAUCGGGUAGGAGAGAAGUUUUUCACCGCGGAGCAGGUAAAUUAAAGAAGUCUUUGGAUGAUGAAGCUUGUGUGUUCAUGAUGUUUUCUUCAUUGAAGUAACGUGUUGAAAAGGGAGUUGGAGAUUUGCCGAUAGUGCGAGAGUUUCCAGAAGACAUUAUCGACUUACCGCCGGAGAGAGAUGUGGAGUUUUCGACGAUGCCUUAUCGGAUGUCCGCAUCGGAAUUGAGCAAGAAUGCUAGAAACCUACGAAGCAUGAGGGUUGUAAAUUGCUGGGAAAUUAAAGAUGCAGGAUUCAGAAAAUGUGUGACAAAGCUUCCGCAUUUAGAAGAGUUGGACAUUUCACUUAUGGAACUAACACAUGAUUCUCUAGAAGUCCUGGCACGAUCUUGCCCACUUUUAAAAUCUCUCAAACUUCAUAUUGCUGAACCAGUGUAUCGACUAAGCCACUUUUAUAUGAAAGACUAUGACCGCAGCGAAGUUGGAUGGCUUGCGAUUCUUGAUCGAUGUCUGCUUCUUGAAUCUCUUGACAUUCGGGGAGGCAAUGUUUAUUUUAAUGAAAAUUUGAAGGAAAGGUGUCAUGAGAAGAUCAAAAAUUUGCGGCUGUCAGUUAGGCCCUCGUAUUGAAGAACACUAUUAUGAUGAUCAUAUUUAUCUUGAGAUGUAUUUAAAUGAUGAAAUAUAAUGUUUCAUGAUUGCUUCUGAGAGUGCAGGUGUAUGGGAUGAUGAAAAAUGAGGUUAUUAACUGGAGAGACUUUGAAGCUAAUGAUAAUUUUCCUGAUGUUGUGAAAGCAUGAGAAGAGUUUUUGUUGUAAUUUGCCUUCAAAUUAGUGUUGCUGAAGACUCAUAAUCGUGACACGAUUUUUGAGUGGCGCGUCACGAUUUUGCUGGCAGAAUGGAUGGUUUCUGCUGAAGCAAAUCGUGACGCGAUUGGUGAAGGUGUGACGCGAUUGGUGGAUAAGGUUGUCGUACCUUGGGUCGUACACUUCAACCGUGACGUGAUUUUGGAUGGCGCGGCGCGAUUUUGUCUGUCACCGUGUACUAUUUAAGUGUUUCAGCCAUUUUUUGAAGGAGGAAGAGAGAGAACUUCACGAGAGGAAAACUUGGGAAAUCAAAGGAGUUAAAUUUAGGGUUAAGGGUCUUUGAUUAGAGUUCUCUUGGGUUGGGAAACAUUGUAAACACCUUGGGUGAGUGAAAAUCAUUGAGUGUCUUGUUUAUU